AAAAAAGUGAAGAAGCCCCUGGAGAAGGACCAUGGACGAGUUGUAGAUGAAGAACGGACCACUCUAGUUUCAGUUUCACGAGUAGAAGUAGGGUCUAGUAAGCGGUCUCGAUCUGCGGCUUCGUCGAAUGGUGAGGGACCGAAACAGUCGAAGCGUAGCAAAACUGAGGAUAAGAAUAAAGCAGCGUCUUCCACAGGGUCCUCAUCUUCUUCCUCCAGCAAAGUGAAUCCCGGCUUUUCUUCUUCUGCUUCCUCUGCCAUUACGAACAACAAGAACGAGGCUUCUUGCAACAUCUCUAGUACCGUAGUAGCAAAGGAGCAAAAUAAGACUCCCGCAACUGUGCCCCCAUGUAAGAAAGCAACGUCAUCGAAGAAGAUCACUGUACCGAAGACUGUAAGACAAAAGCAUACCCUAGCAGCGACAGUCGGCGAACGAGUUUCGCAAGCAUUAGACUUGAAAGAGGACGACUUGUUGUUACAGGGAGAUUUAUUUAGUUUAAGGCUUCCCCUAGUCCAUCUGCUGAAGCAUCCUGAGGCUGUCCCAUAAGGGGAGAGAAGCAUCGCGAUGCGUCUCGAGAUGGAAAGGGGUGAGCUCUAAUUAAUUCCUCCCUCUCAGCGUCAGCUGCUUUCGACAAGGACAAGAUGGGUGGUGGUGGAAAAUACAGUGCUCGUGGGAAGAAAGGCACUGCUUCGAACAGUGUGCCGAAAGGCAGUGGCGGAGAAGCGAGCCCUCAAGGCAACAGCAUGGCUUACUCUUCAUCGCCAGCAUCCAGAUUUGACUACCAACCACGAUCAAGAUUCUCCCCAGAACGUCUUGAGCUGAUGGACGGACCUCCUUCUUCGAGCAAGGACAAGACUUCAUCUGGCAAGGACAAGAAUGUCUCUAGUUGUACAACUAGAUCGGCAAGAGAGAAGUCCUCUAACAAGGGAAUCAUGCAAGGAGGUAGUAAGACCACUUCUAAGAAUGAAUCAAUGAAAUCUACUUCCAAUAAGGGUGGAAAAGACCACACCUUGGGUGGAAAACAAGAAAUUUCAUCGUCCCCAGGAUCUUCACGAUUUGCUGAAGGUGGAAUUAAUAUAACAGGCAAAAAUAAGGGUAGUUCAUCUUCUCGUCGACGAAGAGGAAGUAAUGGAGCUGGAAAGGCCGAAGAUGGUCGUGGUCCUGCUGCUGCUUCAUCAUCUAGAAGUAUUGUUAAGGCUUGGGAGUUGACAUCUCUAUGCGCGUCUCUAUGUCUUCUUCAAGUAGGAAAGCCACAGAUAUGCGAGCUAGAGACGCCAACCUUCAACCCCUAAUAGUACUAAGGCAGCAGAUGGCGCUACUAGCAAUAGUGCAGUUCCGGCUCCAGUAGCCUCACCUACCGGCUCAUCCAGACAGCGAAGUAGAAAGCAAUCUCAGAAUCAUGUUUGGGUACAGAAGGAGAACAAGGCCGAUGAAGGUGCUGCUCAAAGCAACAACGCUAAUAGAGGGAAAACCAAGGGGAAAAAUUCUAGUCGUGCUUCUUCCUCUACUACUAAGGGUGGUGCUUCAGGAGGUGCUGGAGGAGCAUCAUCAUCUAAAAAGUCAAAGGAUCUGCUACUUGAUGCUGCUCUUGGUUUUGAGGACGCAGAUAGUGGUAAACAAAAUACUGACAAAGGGAAAAGGAACACCAAGGGAGCCAGCUCUAAAAGUCGAGACGGCAAGAGAACAAGUGGCAAAAAAGAUAAAAGCCCUUCUUCAGCAGGUAAACACCAAGAUGGACAAGGAAAGAAAGGCGAGAAAAGUGGCAUUGGUAAAAGUAAAAGCAAAGGAGGAAAGGCGGAUAAUGUCCAUGUAGAUGGUCAACAAGAAGGGAACCAAGUUGUAGAAGAAGCUAAUAUCCUCCCAGUACGAAAGGCUGAUGGGAAGCGACUGAACAGGAGGCAACGAGCAAAAGCCAAGGACAAAGAACAAAAACGCCUUGCAGCUGAAGAAAACGCAGGAAAUGUUGCUGGAGGGGGUGCUUCUUCAUCUUCUUCUGGUGCUAUUGGUACUUCUGCGGAAGGUACUAAUCAACCGGGAUCUUCAUCUUCUUCCAGUGCCAAUGCGAACUCUACGACUUCAAAUCCUUCCAACGCGAAGAAGAGUAAUAAUUAUGACUUCCGGAAAUGUCCCAUUUUGACUUCAGAAGAAGCAGCAUCUUGGACCUCCCGUGUAAGGGGGAAACGGGUCCAAGAUUUGACUUCUACAAUGGGAGAUAAUUCCCGGAAGGUCUAAAAUAUUUUUAAAGGUCAUCAACGCGACCAUUGGGGUUCUUCAAGUGAAUACAACUUUUCAUCGUGGAACAAGAAAAAACCUUCAUCUGGUAGUAAGAAGCAUGGGAACUACAAAACGAUCAGGGAUCCUCUACAAAACGAUCGUAUGAAGCAGGGAUCCUCAUCAUCCUCUUCAAGUGGCGCUAGUAGAAACAACAAGUCAAGUGCUCCAAGUCAAGUCAUGUCGUCGUCGUCGUCUUCUUCUAGCGGGAAUGAAACAUCAAGCACAUCGAUCUUAUUCGAGUCAUUGCUGGACAGAGCAAGAGGAAACGGGGCUGCCAGUGACGUUUUGAGGAUUCUGGAUGAGAUGGGUGAGAAAAUACCGGACGAGAUAAAACGUCAUUUGUCCGGACAUUUGAUGAAAGGCAGUAGCACGACCAGCGGCUCGGGAUCGUCUUCGAGUAACGCAAAAGGAGGUGCUAGCAGUUCCACAGCGUCUCACUCUCAGAUUUUGAUAGGCGGAUCCAGCACAAGUGCGAGUAACCGUUGGUCAUCCGUCAUUGCCAAUUUGAAAGACCCAAAGAGACAAUUUGCCGCUUUAACAGACUUGAACGAGAGACUCCAGUAUUGUUCCGAGGAUAUGCUGUUGAACUUUCCUAUGGAAACCGCGGUUCCCGCUUUGCUCAAGUGCCUAGAGCACCCAAGUGGUGGGGGAGGAGACCCUUUUGGCGGUGGUGGCGCGUUCUUCGAUGGAAUGGACGAGACGUCUCUCAUGAUUAUGGCUCAGAAUUAAAUAAGGAAAGCUAAAUUUUAUAAGGAAUAAUCACUACUAACUUAUUACUGGUUGUUCCUUAUAAGGAAAUCUAUUUAUCUAUUGCUAAAAAUUCAUCUUCAGAGGGGGCAAAGGCAUCUUUGACGAUGACGUGCUUUCUUCAAGGGGAAAGACACUUCUUGAGAGGCAAAUCUUGGAGAUGCUGAUGCUUUCAAGGGGAAAGAAAGAAACACAGCACUACAAAGGAAUUGCACGAGGACUCGAAGAUGAAUUUUUUGGCGAAGCUCCUUUCUAAGAUUAUGGGCAUGUUUGGCGAUGCUGAUGGAGGAGGUUCAUCGCAACAAAUGAUCCUAGCGUGUCGAUGCAUCUACACCUUGAUCGACAUCCUUCCGCCAACUACGCGCUUAGUCGCUGCGGAAGGAGGAAUUUCAGUGUUAGUAUCCAAGUUAGGGCAGAUCGACGUCAUUGACGUCGCAGAGCAAGUGAUCCAUGUCUUGGAGAAAAUAACCGAUGACGUGCCGCAACAAGUCCUCAAUGCUGGUGGCCUACUAGGCUUGUUGCAGUUCUUGGACUUCUUUCACAUUACUCUGCAGAGAAAAGCUGUUUCCGCUUCCAGCAAGAUGCUGUCCAACGUCAAGACGCGCACUGCUUUCGAGACGCACGUGCGUCCAGCGAUUGCGCAGAUGACACAGCUACUGCGACACCCGGAUGCCAUGGUUCGGUCCAAAAUCUGCGAGUGCUGGCGUAAAAUGCUAGACGCUUUUGUCGGAUUAAACACGAUGGCAGAAAUGCAAAGUGCCACUGCAGUGAUGCAUGGUGGAUUUAUGCCAAUGCUUGCCUGUUUUAGCGGACUUGGCGGAGGACUUGGUGGUGGAGGAGGCCCUUCUAUCGAGUUGGGCCCUGCCGCUUUUGAUGGAUCCGCUACGGAUGAAGACGAUGGGACGCCAGCUGCGGCUAGGACGACAUCUUCAAGAACUGCUAACGUUAAGGCUAUCAUUAGGGAUCAUGAUAAGUAGUUAACUCAUCUCUGAGUAAUCUCCUGAGGACACGUUCCUUGGCGAAAGGGAUCAUUCUCGUAUGCGUGACGAGUAUCUUAUUCUACUCCUGCUGAUACAACAAUUCUUCUCAAGGAUCCUCCAGAUCGUGAAAGAUGAAUCUGUUAAAUUUUGACCCGAGGAGUGUCCUCUAAUAAAUAUAGUGGUGGUAAAAAUCAAUGGCUCUAAUAAAAAUGGUAAGACCUCCAAGAAGAGAUCCUUUGACGAGGAAUUCGAAGAGAUCUGUCCCGUAGCGGUUGUAGAAAGCCUUUUAGACGAUUUGAAAGAGAACAGUACGAAUGCGGAUGUACUCCAUAUCCUGUCGAUUUGCGUGAACUACAGCGCUUCUUUGACGCAAGCGGCAUUCGAGAGGAACUUGCACGACCUACUAGCUGAAACGUUGACAGCCAACAUGGGCCAAUCGGACGUACAAUUACGGCUCCAUACUUUGAUUCACUUUUGACUGCAUCUUCCCUGAAAUAGAGUAUGCUCGAGUUGUAGUCUGCUCGGGGUAUAUGCUAUACCCUUCAAUGAUGCAGUCGAGCGAUGAACUUCGGAGCGGUCUAAUACGGAGUUGCGAAACGUGUCUCGCAGCAUUGGGCGUCAUCUGUUCUUUGUUACCAGAUGUGUACUAUUCCCCUCCAGCAUCUUCGGGUGGACAAUCAGGCAAAGGCUCUGAAGCGGCUUCACCUUCUACUGCGAGAGGUUUGAUGAACAAACUAUCCUCCUUGUGGACACGAGGGAGAAGUAAGGACAACAAUGGUACGACAGGAGAUGCUUUCUCGCCAAGCAGCAAUACCGCGGGUAUGGUCGGAGGAGGAGGAGCACAUCAAGGUGUGCAAGCUGUUGACGGGACCUCAUCGUCUUCGGGUCUCAACUCCUUGCAUUUCCAUGUAGACGCGCAAAAUAGUAAACGUUGCAAGCUUCUCACCGACAACAACCUGGAAAACCUCCUGAAACUGGCACAAUCUUGUCUGGGAACGAUCCUGCACUUGUACGAAGGCAGUGGAUCGGCAUUGAUUUCCACGAUGGCGCUGAACUGCGUAUUGCCACUGGUAGUCUUAUUCCGUGAAUUGGAGGAGAACAACGCUGCUGCUGGAGCUGCACAACAAGGAAGUGGGAACAAGGCAGCUGGUUCAGGAGGUGCACUCAGUGGAGGAAGCACACCUAGGAACAAUUUGUUUUCUGGAGCUGCAAUCAGUGGAGGAAGCAACGCGAGUAAGAAUUCUAGUCCUCGCGAGAACAACCCUGCUGAUGCUGCAGAAACUACAGGCCUGCAGACUUUCCGAAAAUUCAUGAGUUUCGAUGUCUUACGCUUGCAUUGCGUCACCUCCGAAAGCAGUUAUUUGAGCUACUUGAUCGUCGUAGAUUCGCUAUUGCGAGCAUCGAAAGCGGCAAAGAUGAUGAACACGAGUGGUGGUGGUGAAGAACCAGACGACAUGUUUGCCAAGUUUGAACGCCAAGGUGUUUUUGAAGAAUUGCGAAAACAAUUUGGAGACGCUUCUAGUUCUAGUUCUGGUUCUACUGGCGCACUUGCCAGAAGGUUAGAGGAUUUUCCCGAUUGCAAAACAACCGUGAUGGACAUCAUCGCUUGCAUGGCCCAUAAGAUCUUGAGUAUGCGACAGGAUUACCGAGAUCACAUCUUCAGUUAAGGCAACCCAAACAAAGAGCAUCCUUAAAAGUAAUCAUCUUUGUUGGCUAAGUAUUGAUUUCCUGUAAAACUGGAAAAGACGCCAAGUAUCGUGCAGUGGUUAGGGAUGUGCAAGCAGUAGCUCUAAUCUAGCUCUACAGCUCUGACAGGCGAGAUCGAUAUCGUGGAGGGAGUCUCCGGAGCUUUGCGUCGUGGGGAUUGGACUAGAGGUUUCCAGAGACUCGGUGCAGCACUCGAAUCGGGCGAUUUGUAUGCUCCAGAACUGGUGAAUCUACUACCCUAUUUGUUGCCGCUGGUGUUGGAUGGCAAGGUAAAGGCGUUCUUGAAGAAUGACGACGACGACGAUUGUGAUGAAGAUGAAGAUGAAGAUGACGACGUUGAUGACGAGGGGGACAAUAAUACCCUUGACGUUUUCGGGAGCAAGGAGAGCAACCAGAAGAAGUAUGAUGCGAGCAAACGCGUAUUGGAGCUUUUUUUGCGAGAGGUUUUUGAAACUCGCGAGAACAUCUCGAGCGUGGAGGUGUGUCGCCGCUUGGUGCGGUUGUGCAUUGCGGCAUUGACGCCCAGUCUGUGCGGAACUCUUCCGAUUCAUCUGUUCUCCGCCACUGCGGUUACGCCAGCGAUGAAUGUGGGUAAUGGUGCAAUGGUGUUCAUGCAGAUGCCAGGGAUGAUGCCUAGUAUGAUGCCUAGUGCAAAAAUGCCUGGAGAAGGUCCUCUAAGUACCCACCCUCCAGGUGGAAGUGCAACGAUCCCUUCUAUGGCUUCUAUGAUGCAGUCUAUGAUGAUGGCAGCAUCUUCUUCUUCUGGUUCAUCUGUGGUCAGCGGACCACCUCCACCAGGACAAGCUUCAGGAACGACCAACGCGAUUAAAGAUGGGGCAAUUCCUCAUCAUUUACGUCCUAUCAGCGGUUACACUGAUUCUAAUGGAGGAAGUUUGGUUUCUGAAAGCGUCAGCAAGUUGAGCCGGCCAGUGAAAAUCCGUCUCAUACCACGACCAGGCUGUGUAGGUUCCGCGCCCAUAGGUUCCACGCCAAUUUUUCCAACAGGUUCGACUCUAGGACAUAGUGCUAUGGAACAGCAAGAUGAAAAUGGUGGUGCUGCCUCGGCGAAUACAGGGUCUUUUGGUAAGGAAGGAUCAACAAUGGGAAUGGGAGAUGAAUUUUCAGCAAAGGGAACUACAUCUUCGAAAGGGAUCAUGCCAACGACCGCUAGUACAACAGGGAUCAUGCCAACAGGAGGAGCUACGUCGGAAGCAGCAUCGUUUUUAUCUUCAGCAGCGACAGCAACUAGUACCAUGCCUAGCAGGAUGCCUUCCGCAUCUUCGGGAGGUCCCACGACGUCUUCCUCAGCUUUGCCUUCUCCAGCUUUGCCUCCUCCAGCAGCUCCCGUUCUCACCUCAGACAUUCUGUUAGUAGAACCUCUUGCCACUGUUCAGAGCAUCUGCGAUUUCCUCCAGGAUCGAUAUGAUUUCCUACGUCGUGCCCCUAUGAGCAUGAUCUAUUCGACGCCACCGGCCUCGGGUGGCUCUAGCAGUCCUCUUAAAGGUGCUCCUUCUAGUUGUCCAGGAGUGGCGGAUGCAGACCCUUCAUCCAGUUCCAUGACCCUAGAUCAAGUGAUGGAGACUGAGAUUGCCAAGAAGCACGCGCGGGCUAUGGGCGAGACUCAAAUGCUGCGGAACGUCUUGUCGACGCCAGGUUGUGUCGUGAUCGCUCUGGAGCAGCCUCAGAUCGUGAUUUACGAUGUGAACGGACAUGCUAUUUCGUCCGACACUUCUCUCGUCAAAGCCUUAGCAGAUGCUUCGCUCUAUGCGGCGGAGAGGAAGAAGAGGGAACAACUACAACAGGCUUCUGCAAGCACUAGUGCAGCAGGAGAGUCUAGCACCGCAGGUCCUUCAUCAGGCAAAGGAGCCUUACCAAACUUGAAUAUGUCACUUUAUGGAGGCACUACUUCUUCACAUUUGCAGAUUCCUGCUGCCGAUGUUCCGACGGAGUGGAUCCGGGAUCGGUCUGCAGGAACUGGAAUUGCAAAGGGAGGACCUGCUUCUUCUAGUUCUACUGCUGCCACAACAAGCACGCCAAUCGAACCUCUACUAGAGGCGCCAACCAUCUUCUCGAAGAACAGGAGCAUCAACCCACAGCUUGUAUCUUCUACAACAACAUCAAAAGGUUCUUCACAUCCAGUCAUGCUUCCACCGGCAACGACAGGCUCGAGGUUUUUUCCCACAGCCACAGACGACGUUUUCGCCGGAGAGUCAGCGGUGAGGAGUGCUUCUUUGUGGGGCACCACCUUCUUCAUGGAGAUAGAGUUUUCUGCUACCGUUUUGCACGGCAAUGGCAUAGCGCACGUCACGCGGGACAGCGAUUUCGGAGGUAUGAUCGACCAACACUGUUUGUUGAGUUUGUUGACAUCCAAAAUGGUGCCUCGUCAAGUAGCCUGCGUAGAUGUUAUGGAAGGCAUUGUGAAGGAGCAUUUUGGUCUCGACAACUACGGAGGAAAAAACAAAGGUGGAGCAAAAACCAAUGGUGGAAAAGGAAAGCAGACUGCUGGAAUUUCGACAAUGACGACCACUACGAUGGGUACAAUGGCCACUUCUAGUACAACAAUGGCCACUGCAGCAACUUCUUCCAGUAGUAAUCCUACAUUCCCAUCCGUCCUAGGUGGUAGCAAUGCUGCCGAAGGACUGGAUUCGCUAAACCGGUCGCCCAAUGAAGAAAGUGCGCCUGCUACAGCUUUAGACUCUCCAGAAGGAUCCUCGCCUGAUCUAUCCGUUGGAGGUGGUAGUAAAGUAACCUCACCUGUUGACGAGACUGCUGGUAACAACAAUUCGAAUAUCAUGUUGUCUCGUCAACUCCAACUUAUGGGCGCCGCGAAGAUUCCAGAUCCUUCCUCUUCCAGUGCAUCCGAAGAUCCUGCAUCUUCCAGCGCAUCUGAAGGCGGUGACUUGGUUGAGCAGAUCAGGCAUUCAACGAACCCGGGUGCAUCGUUUGGUAGUAGCUUUGCGGCUUCAUUCUCGAACAUCUUUACGAACCACUUUGGAGCUGGAGGUAAUACUGGAGGAGGAAGCGCAAGCACGACUAAGAUGCACGCUUCUUCGUCUACGCAGAUGAAUGGCGGAUCCGGUAGUGGCAGUGGUGGAAGUGGAGGUCCUACAAGUGGUGCUGCCGCAAGUAGUACGACCACAUCAACCACUGGAAUGGGAAGUCUUUUUGGCGGUCCUCCUGGUGCUACGGGUUCAUCUUCUGCGUCGUCUGGUGGUCUCUUUGAUCCAGGGUUUGGUGGUCCUGGUGCAGGUCCUGGAGGAUCUACUAGUAGUAGUAGUGCUACUACUACUGCCCAAGGUGGUCAAGGACAUCAUUCGCAUUCGCAUUCUUCAACAAGGGAGGAGCAUGGACAACAUGGUAGUAGUGGUAGGUCUCACAAGCAUGGUAGUAGAUCUCACAAGCAUGCUGGUAGUUCUUCGAGUAAGCCCAAGAUCCAACGUCCGGUUGCGCCGUAUUACGAACCAUUUUUUUUCGAGUCUGAUUUCGACAAACUCUUAGUGGAAUUGCAGCAACUGCGUAAGCAUUUGAGGACUUUGAGCAGUAGUGCGUGUGCUCUCAGUGGUGCAGGUUCUUGGAUGAACAGCAAUCGAGGCAAUGGAAAGAACAACAGCAACAACAACUACAGUGAUGCGAGUCGUGCCAUAUCUUAUGCUCCCCUUCCCGCAUCUACGACUGCAGAAUCGUUACUCGUUGGAAAACAGGACCAUGGUUCGAAAGCAAUGAGCAUGUUAGAGUCGACGUCAGCUUCUGGAGGGGAUCAAACCACAGCUUGGGAGUCUCUCCUGAUUCCUGACUCGAAAUUGCGUUGCUUAUUGGACUUCCUGGCCAUGCUUCAUCGCAUCAGCGCGUACUACAGGACUACCGCGCACGUCACCUCCUCCACCCCUGGAUCGCUGCAGACCUUUGUCGAUAAGGUGAACGAGGGCGCUUUUGUUUCCAAAUGUUUGACGACGCACGCGUUGAGGCAGCUGCACGAUCCUGUGACGAUUGCAGCGAGAGCCCAUGCCAAGUGGGUACCUGUGUUGGGUGUGCGGAACAACUUCCUUUUUUCUGCGUCCGCGAAAAGAGCGAUGCAUCAAGGACUGCAUAUGGGUACAACUAGAGAUGAUAGCGUUGUCUUGCUUUUCGGUUUGAUGCAGCUUUUCACCCCUGUAGUUGAUUUCCAGAGGAUUAAGGCAUACGACAAGCAAUGUGAAUCAAUUCAGAUCCUUUAUUUUUCAUCUUUUUAUAAAUUUAAUCUACUCGUCCUGUCGGACGCUCCUGCGAAGUUUCCAAUAUAUUCUUCACAACCCCAGGGCUCGGUCGGGCCAUGCACUACGCCCAACAGCGGAGUGGCGCUAACAACUCACGCCAGCAAUCUCAGAGACCUCAGAACGUCUUGGCGCCCAUUCCCAGACAGAAAGUCCGUAUCAGUCGCGCGAGAUUGGUAGAGUCGGCGCAGAAGUUGAUGGCCCUCUAUGCACAAUCGCCAGCAAUUUUGGAAGUGGAGUUUGCAAACGAAGUGGGUACAGGAAGUGGGCCAACUCUGGAGUUCUACAGCACCGUGGUAGAAAUGCUCAAGGAGCCUUGCUGUGGCGCGAAGAGUGGCGUCGGUCCCAAUGGUACGGACUUGCUGUGCGACAUUGACCAGACUACGAUGCCGAGCGAGAGGGCGCCUGAAAAACGAACUUGUUUAUGGCGCACAUCUGCGGACGGCUAUCUUUUCCCUGCACCGCUCUGCAUCCACGAAAACCCGAAGGUUGCAGUAGCGUGCUUUCGACUGCUUGGGCAGCUAGUGGGGAAAGCAUUGCUGGAUGGGCGACUCAUCGACUUACAGUACUAUUUUUUUGCAUUUGCUUUUUUUUUUUAUGUCUUAUCACGCAGUGCGGCCUUGUGUCGCCGGUAGCGAUAUCAGGCGCCGCCUUCCUGUACCAGCCGAGAACGCAUCGCGCACCCCUGCCAUUGCUGACACGUGCAAGGGCUCGGCGCGCUAGGCUGGUAGCAGCCUGGAAACCCGGCGCCGCCCGCCCUCUCGCCGCGCUUACGUAGUAAAGCGGGGGCUUCGGCCUCACCUGGCAUGCCCCUGGGAAAUGGGGUCGGCUGACGGGGCCAAGGGCGCGUGCUGCGGGCCGACUUCACCUGCACACGUGGAAACUGCCGGCCACAGGUCGCGGGGCGGCGUGGCUAUUUGUUGCAGCCCUUCGGCCGGCGGCACUAGGUCACGCCAGGGAACCGCUUAGGCAGCGCCGGGGCUACGCAGUGCCGCACCUGCGUCCACGUGCAUCGCCCCCCUCGAACAUUUGCCAAGCUCCGCACCCCCCGGGCUGGGGGUGAACGCUCUCCGCCUGCUUAUCGGGAGGGCCAGGUAAAGGCGGCGGGGUCGCAAGGUCGUGGCGACGCGGCUGCCCGCCUCGGCGGCACAAAGGGGCCCGGAGCCUAGAGAGCUGGGCGCACCUUCUUGGGGUGGUCGCGGUCGUGGGCCCGGCCCGCUUGGUCAGGAGGAGCAGCGGGCAAGAAAGUGCUGAGGGGUGAAAAGGCAAGAACCGUGAGGCACUGCGGCACUUGCUUCUAUAAGUGCUUGAAGGACCCCGGCGGCAGAACUAUCGCAAAGGCCCGCGGCCCGCGCCAUAGGGGAAGUGGCCGCGCCACUAUUGUCAGAUAGACGCCCGCGCUGUGCGUCUUGCAUGGCGAGCCGAAACUUGGAAGGGAGCACGAACGCACAAAGGGGCCACGACACUUGGCGCCAGCAUGAAAACCCGCGCCAAAGAGGCCAGCCUGCUGUUGGCUCAUUCCUACAGGCGCCGGCCCCUGCUGUUCUCCCUUGCCUUCGUUCCGCCUGCUUGACGUUCUCCGGGGGCUGGCUAGCUGCGGAGGUGGACUUGAAAGCGCCCGGGCCCCCCUCUAUUUCCGCGCGCAUCUUGUGACCGCUACGCGGCCAUCUUUUUAUGAUUCCCAUGCACUUUGAUUCAAGAAAUCAAUGAAGGCGUGACUUUCUUCUCAUUAAGAAAUCUCUUCAACCCUCUCCCCCGCUUCACAGGCUCCACCCUCUCUUCUGGCGUCUCGUACGUGGUUCACAAGCCUCUCCGAGUUUCCUCAGCGUUCAAGAUUUGCGGCUCGUGGAUUCGGAGCUAUGGCUUAGCUUGGAGAAGCUGAGAGCUAUGGACGACGUAGAGGCUUUGGAAAUCUCCUUCGUCUUGCCGGGAACCAACGAGCGGUUUGAAUUAGUCGAAGGAGGAAGGGAGAAGAUUGUGACGAAGGUAUCUACUCUGUGAUCAUCUUUCUCUGUGGUAGUUUGAAUGAGGUCUCGUUUAUGAGUUCGAUUUGCUGUACUCUUUUUUCUUAACAACUCAGUGUUAAUAAAGUCAACUCCUCCACCAGCCACGUGAUCCUUCUAGAAGGCGUUCUUAAUCUUACCUACCGACUAAAGCAAAUCAAAACACCACCAAAACAAUCCCCAAAUCCCUCAAUCCUUACAUAGGACAGCGUCGACCAAUACAUCUCCUUGGUCGCUUCUUCGCUUCUCUACGCUUCCAUCCGGGAGUCCGUGUUGGUCUUUCGCGAAGCCCUUCUCAGUAUUCUUAAGGCUUCCUGCAAUUCAUCUCGAGAAGCAUCUUCUUUGGUCGCCUUUUCUUUAACGGAAAGAAAGCACGCCGAAGAUGCUUUUGAAGAUGAUUUAUUUGAGCUCUAACAUUCACAGUGUCGAAUCUCUGUGCCUGUUCUCAGAAGAAGAGUUGUCGAAUUUGAUCGUUGGGGUUUCUACACGGGACAACGAAUUCUGGAACAAGGAGCAUCUAGAAAAACAUAUCGACGCAGCACAUGGCUUUAGUAAAGAUUAUGGCAUUGAUUUGUCGCAAUAAUGAAUUUAAUGAGAACUAAUCAUGGAGUGGGCAUUAUAAUUUGCGACCAAAAAUAAAGAUGAAUUUAGUGAGGACGACGAUUAAUGGAGUAGUCUAGGUGUUCUUGUAUGUGUAAAAAGUGCUUUUGGUAAGUGCCUUAAUUAUAGUGAAGACGGGUGUAUAUGUCAAUCCAGAUUCGUAUAUUCGUAUCUUGCGAUGUUACAACUUCGUUUGCAGUGAAAAGUAAGACGCGUCUUGCUACCCCAAGAGCCUCUAAGUCAAAUCCGAAGUGUACAAGAACUUGGUCGCUUUGUUACCAGAGCUAGGCGUGCAACAGCGCAAGCAGUUUUUGGCGUUCGUGACGGGAGCUCACAGUUUGCCUCCAACUGGUUUCGCAGGAUUGAAACCAAAAUUACAAGUGGCGAGGAAGGACGAAGGCAAAAACGGCGAUAUUUUCCUUCCGUCGGUGAUGACCUGCGCGAACUACCUGAAGAUGCCAAACUACAGUUCUGCUGCGAUUCUAAAGCAAAAGCUUCUACAAGCGAUCUCUGGAGAUUCGAACAGCUUUUUACUGUCGUAAGCUAAAGCUCUGGAGCUCUGCAUGGAGAAGAAGACGAAGCAACGAAGAAAGAGGAUUUUCUACGGUCUUCUAAGUAGAAGAUUUAUGCAGGACGAUAGUAGGAGUAGUAGAGAUACAUCACUCCAAGUCUCACAUCGAUAGGUCUUUUCUCUCCUGCUUAAGAAUAAAGGGAGGACUGACAGUUGAUUUACACUCGCGCUCUGCAUCGUGGAAUCUUGUAAGUAGCACUUUCUAUAACUUGACGAAGUUCUUAUAUCAGUAUCGCAAUAGGCGGCAAUAAAAGCUAUGGCGCGCAUCAGACUCUACUUGUCUCAUCACGGUAUUGUAGUAUUUUCUGUCCCACCCAUUAUUUUUUCUUCCUCUUUGCCUCUGUAAAGCGCAUGCUUUCUCUGCGCCUACCCAAGCUGGUGCGUUGACAAAAAAGGUCGAAAGCGUUUAAUUUUGAUGUCGCUGGCAGACGUAAACUGGUAUUUCGAAUAAGAGAGGAAAGCAUGAUUUAAACGACAAGAAAAGCUAUCAUGUGUGUACUACUCAAGUGUCAGGUAAUGACAUUGAACGACUUCGUUUUUGGAUCGAUCUAAUAUUCAUUUCGCAUGUUUUUAUGGGAAUGCAUGUAAUGCAUUUCUUAAAGCAUUCAAAAUACCAUUCAUGUUUUUUGUAGCGUCUCUUUGUCCAUGAUAUUGAUGACACUAUGAUAGGUGUAAGUUUGUGCUCAAGCCUAACAGCAACCCGAUGGACGGGAUGACUGUGCCACUGGGUUAUCCCUAUCGCAUCUUCUACGACCAAUUAUCCCCCCUUUUCAUAGAAAGAACGUCCCGACUAAAACUCGUAAGGCCAUUGAAUAGAGAACUUUUGAAGGAAAGAUGACAAGGUGGUCUAAUUAUUUAUUUUCGGAUGCAAAAACGAAGUGGGGCACUGAGUAACCAAUGAUUGAUGUUCCUAUUAUGUGCCGCUGGUGGACCGGGACGAGGUGGAGAACGUCCAGAAAAACGAGAAUAAAUCCAAAAAUAUCAAUCUAGUGAAAAUAUCUUUUUGAGUCCUUUUCAGAAAGCACAAUAGCCUUUGUUGGUAAGACUAAUUUCUGUAGUAGAUUUUUGAAGAACAAGUGGAGAUGAGGAACUAUUUUUUGAUGAAAUUAAAUAACAGAUCGAUUUAGAAGUACUGUUGUCGUGGGGAGCUCGUUCUUUCGUACGUCUUUGUACUGCCUAGAGUAGUUAUUUAGACAGAACAGCGUUAAUAAGUGGCAGAAGAAACUACAACAAAGAACUACUAGCUUUUAUUGAAACUAGUCAUAAUUCAAGUUGUUAUAAAUAGAUGGAGGUUCUUCUUGGUUUUGAUACGUUAGAUCUUCCUUGAUAGGUAUGCAGAUUUCCCCUUUUUCGUUUGAUUUUCAUUCUACUUUGAUUGCCUCCGUUAAAGAUAAUAGUGACAGUACUAAAGACUGAGGACAAGAGCUACGAGCGAUAGGAGCUACAACAGAGCUAAAUUGAUUUCUAGUAGCAAGAUGACCUUUGAAGUUAUCAGGAACAAGGAGUUCAUUCUCCCUCUUUCAAUAUUGAGGAGACUUUUUACGUAACAAAGUGACCUCCCCGCUUCCCAUACACACUUUUGACGUACCCUUGGAUUGGGUUUACUCUUACUACCACUACUACUACUAUUAAGAUUUAUUUUCCUGGCUGACACGAUCUACGGGCUAUGAUGACGGAGGUCUAUCUAUCCUUCGUGGACCUCCACAGAACAAGAUGCCUACACGACAAGACCCAUUCCCUGUCCUCCCUUGAUGCUGUUGCAAAAGAAAGAAACACAUCCGUCUGAAGAUGUCCCUUGGAAGAUAUCCAUUUAAAGACCACCUCACUAUAGAAAGAUGUUGAGCUGUAUAAUUCCUUACUCCCUAACGUCGUGAAGAAAAGACCUUGAGGUAAUAUUGCAUG